UUAUCAGAAGGUCAGAGACACUCUUUGACAGUAGGAAAUACUCUCUGCUUCACCUGUACACGCCUCCUUCCUUGCAAGCAAACUCUUUGCUUUCCUGAAAAGAGUUUAAACAAGAAAAAGAAAAAGAAGGGGAAUUUGCAGUACAAAAUUAAGCUGACCAUUGAAAAGAGUGAAAACCCAAGUUGACUUUUGCAGUUUGCUUUUACCCUUUGGCCUUUGCAGCUCUAUGCUCUAUGGCGAUCACCUUGCUGUUUGCGAUCCUUUUGGCAGGAGUUGUUAAUAGUGCAAAAUCAAGUUGCAUAGAAUACAACACUGCCCAAAGGAUUAUUCCUGGUAAAAUCAAUGUCCACUUGGUGCCCCAUUCUCAUGAUGAUGUUGGUUGGUUGAAGACUGUUGAUCAGUACUACUUUGGUGGCAACAAUUCUAUUCGGGGAGCUUGUGUACAGAACGUCUUGGAUUCUGUCAUUUCAGCUUUGUUAGAAGAUAAAAAUAGAAAAUUCAUCUAUGUUGAGAUGGCUUUCUUUCAAAGGUGGUGGAGACAGCAGAGUAAUGCUAAGAAGAUUAAAGUGAAGGAGCUAGUCGACUCCGGUCAACUAGAGUUCAUAAAUGGUGGUAUGUGUAUGCAUGAUGAGGCAACCCCACAUUACAUUGACUUGAUUGAUCAGACAACCUUAGGACACAAGUACAUCAAAGAUGAAUUUGGUCAGAUCCCUAGAGUUGGUUGGCAGAUUGAUCCUUUUGGGCAUUCUGCUGUGCAAGCUUAUUUGCUUGGUGCAGAGCUAGGAUUUGACUCUCUAUUUUUUGCUCGAAUUGAUUAUCAAGAUAGAGCUAAGCGCUUAAAAGAGAAGACUCUUGAGGUUUUAUGGCAGGGUUCUAAGUCCCUUGGUUCAUCCUCACAGAUAUUCACUGGCAUAUUCCCCAGGCAUUAUGAUCCGCCUGAUGGUUUCACAUUUGAAAUAAAUGAUGUCUCACCGCCCAUUCAGGAUGAUGUUCUCCUGUUUGACUAUAAUGUUCAAGAGCGAGUCAAUGACUUUGUAGCUGCUGCACUGGCACAGGCAAAUGUAACACGAACGAAUCAUAUUAUGUGGACCAUGGGGACAGAUUUCCGUUAUCAAUAUGCAAAUUCAUGGUUCAGACAGAUGGACAAGUUCAUUCAUUAUGUCAAUCAGGAUGGGCGUGUCAAUGCCUUGUACUCCACACCAUCCAUCUAUACUGAUGCAAAAUAUGCAGCAAAUGAGCAGUGGCCCCUGAAGACUGAUGAUUUCUUCCCAUAUGCAGAUAAGCCUAAUGCAUAUUGGACAGGUUACUUCACAAGCAGGCCAGCCUUUAAAGGUUAUGUCAGAGUGUUGAGUGCUUACUAUCUGGCUGCUAGGCAGUUGGAAUUCUUUAAAGGUAGGAGUAGCUUGGGACCAAAUACAGAUGCAUUAGCUGAUGCUUUGGCAAUAGCUCAACAUCAUGAUGCAGUUAGUGGCACUGAAAGACAGCAUGUGGCUGCUGAUUAUGCUUUGCGAUUGUCAAUAGGAUACAUGGAGGCCGAGAAGUUGGUUGCCUCUUCGCUUGCCUUCUUGGCAGAGUCAAGGUCAAGUACUGGUCAAGGGAACAGUGUCACAAGCUUUCAGCAGUGUCCUUUACUUAAUAUAAGUUUUUGUCCUCCAUCACAAGCUGCCUUGUCUGACGGAAAAAGCUUGGUUGUUGUUAUCUACAAUUCUCUAGGAUGGAAGAGAGAGGAAACUAUUCGAAUUCCUGUUUCCAGUGCAAGGGUUAUUGUCAAGGAUUCUGAAGGAAGAGAAAUUGAAUCACAACUUCUCCCUCUGUCAAAUUCCACGUCACACAUAAGGAGUCAUUAUGUUAAAGCAUAUUUGGGUAAAACCCCAAGAGAAACAGUUAAAUAUUGGCUUGCCUUUUCAGUUUCAGUGCCUCCCCUUGGUUUCAGCACUUACAUUGUUGGAACUGCUGACCAGACAGGCCCUAGUUCUACCAUCUCAACUGUGCAUACCUAUGAAGGAAGUAAAAACAAUACCAUUGAAGUUGGCCAAGGAAGUUUAAAGCUUCUGUACUCUGAAGAUGAAGGAAAACUUACUCGUUAUGUUAACAGCAGAAAUUUGGUUACGGCAGUUGCUGAACAAUCAUAUGGUUAUUACUCUGGAAAUGAUGGAACUGGUAAAGAUCCUCAGGCUUCUGGGGCAUAUGUUUUCCGUCCAAAUGGUACAUUCUCCAUCAAAUCUGAAAGCCAGGCUCAAUUAACUAUCGUGCGGGGUCCCUUGUUGGAUGAAGUACAUCAACAGCUCAAUUCAUGGAUAUCUCAGGUCACCAGGGUAUACAAGGGAAAAGAGCAUGCUGAAGUUGAGUUCAACAUUGGGCCAAUUCCUGUGGAUGAUGGGAUAGGGAAAGAAAUCAUUACUCAAAUUACAACAACUAUGAAGACUAACAGAACAUUCUACACAGAUUCUAAUGGACGUGACUUCAUUAAACGGAUUCGAGAUUUUAGGAAUGACUGGGACCUUCAGGUGAACCAACCAGUUGCUGGAAAUUAUUACCCAAUUAAUCUUGGAAUCUACCUCCAAGACAAUAGCACAGAGCUCUCAGUGUUGGUGGAUCGGUCAGUGGGGGGAUCCAGCUUAGUGGAUGGUCAAAUUGAGCUGAUGCUCCACAGGAGGUUGAUUCAUGAUGACCUCAGAGGUGUUGGUGAAGUAUUAAAUGAGACAGUUUGUGUCCCUGAAGGGUGUGAAGGUUUAACUAUCCAAGGAAAAUUUUAUAUCCAAAUUGAUCAUAUAGGGGAAGGGGCAAAGUGGCGCCGCACAGUUGGCCAAGAGAUAUAUUCUCCGCUUCUUUUAGCUUUCUCAGAACAGGAUGGCGAUGAUUGGAUGAGCUCCCAUGUUUCAACGUUUUCAGGAAUUGAUCCCUCUUACACAUUACCAAAUAACGUUGCCAUAAUAACUCUCCAGGAGCUGGAAAAUGGAAAAGUGCUCCUGCGGUUGGCUCACUUAUAUGAGACUGGGGAGGACAAGGAUUAUUCUGUGUUGGCAAGUGUUGAACUGAAAAAGCUGUUUCCAAACAAGAAGAUAAAUAAAGUGACAGAGAUGAGUUUGUCUGCAAACCAAGAAAGAGCUGAAAUGGAAAAGAGAAGGUUAGCUUGGAAAGUAGAAGGCUCUGCAGAAGGAGAAUCAAAGGCGGUAAGGGGAGGACCUCUUGAUCCUGCAAAGCUGGUGGUUGAACUCGCUCCAAUGGAGAUCCGAACUUUCCUUCUCAACGUAGAUUAUCUCCAAGUGUUUGGUGCUUGAAAGAGAAAUGCUUGGGAUAUCUAUGUUCCAGAGAGACUUUGGCGUUGCGACACCAACCUUUCUUUUCAUAUGCCUCUGUUUUCUCCCCUGCAGUUAAAAUGAACAAAUCUCACUGUUGUAUAUUAUGUAGAAAGAAAACAGCAGAAAAAAAAUAAAUAGUAGUUCAUUUCUGCAUUUAUACAAA